GCGAACCGAACCCGCAUCCCACUCCAAAGACCGAGACUAAGCAUGCGACCUGACCCCUCUUGAUUUACCGGAGAAUUCCCCCACUCCAUUGUCUUCUAGCCCCGCCCUCCAUUGGGCACGCCCUUCACCCUGUCCCACGCCCCUAUUGGCCUCCAGGGCACGCCCCCCCCGCAUCUCUCAGUUUCCAUUGGCUCUUCUCCAAUGGAGGGUUCUUAUUGGUGUGGGCCACACCCUCUCAUUUGUCACCAGACCCCGCCUUUCAGGGUCUCCUUCCUCACUUUGUCUUUAUUCAUUCUGCCUCUAGUGAGUGCUUGGGACUAGAGGGUAAAUCAGACCCUCCCUGACCUCGGGGAGUUCAGGGCAUGGUGGGGAACAUGAACCUAGCCUCCAACAGUGACAGCCUAGGGCUGUCAAGAAGCCUUCAGGACCCUGGGACUCUCUCUUUGCACAUCGGGAGGGCUUUCCAGAGAAAGUGAGGCCUAAACCGAGCCCUGAAAAAUGGUUAAGAGGGUACUCCAGGGACACGUUGGCCAAAGAAUUCUUGGCGGAAGAACUUGAGACGCGAAAGAAACAGGUGCAUUCUGAGGUCAACAGUGUGGGAAUUUGGAACAACUGAGCUGGAUGAAACUCUCAGGACAGAAUGGUGCUGGAUUCAGGGACUCAGGUGUAUGAGCGUGCACCCCCCAGCCCACCUGCCUGUCCCCCAUCUCAGCGCCCUAGGUUGAAGCCCUCAAAUCGAAAUGGGCCACCCCUGUACCCCUGGCCGCAGUCCCUGUCUAUGCCUUUGGCCCUGGCAGUCCCCUCAGCAUUACAGUCCCAGCCUAUGUGGCAGACCUUCUCAAAGCUGCAGUUGGGACAACGCAGCCACAUGCGUCGCAGUGAGAGCACCUACAGUGUAAAUAGCACUGGCCAGCGGGGGCGAGGCAAAGCUCCGCUUGGACGGGGAUGUGACCCAGGUGGAGGGACCCUACGGCCUGCAGCCUCCUUGCCUCACAUUGCUAAGACUCGAAAGGAUGUGGGCAAUGGUAGCAACAAGAGCCCCUGCAUGUUAGUGGCCCUGCGGCCAACCAACAUGGACCAGGAACGGGAGAAAUUCUUCCAGUCCCAUUACACGUACAAUCCGCAGUUCGAGUACCAGGAGCCUAUGCCAAUGAGUGUGCUGGAGAAGUACCAGGAGGCCUCUGGACAGUUCAUCCAACAGGCAGUUGGCAUCAUUGAGGCGGUCCUGGAGAAGUUUGGCACUUAUGAACACUUUGAGGCUGCCACAGGGGGCCAGCUGCUGACCAAGUGCCAAAUUUGGUCCAUUGUGCGAAAAUACAUGCAGAAGGAGGGCUGCGUUGGGGAGGUUGUGGUGCAGCUGAGUGAGGACCUGUUGUCCCAGGCAGUCAUGAUGGUGGAGAACAGCCGACCCACAUUGGCCAUCAACUUGACCGGAGCCCGCCAGUAUUGGCUGGAGGGCAUGUUGCGGCACGAGAUAGGCACCCACUACCUGCGCGGUGUGAACAAUGCACGGCAACCGUGGCACAGCACCGAAGGCAGACUGCAGUACGGGCUGCGGCCAGCUAACCCCACCGAGGAGGGCCUGGCCAGCCUGCACAGUGUGCUGUUCCGAAAGCAGCCGUUCCUGUGGCGUGCGGCCCUGCUCUACUACACCAUUCACCAGGCUGCACACAUGUCCUUCCGCCAGCUCUUCCAGGAUCUGGCGCAGUAUGUGCAGGACGAGGCUGUACGUUGGGAGUACUGCGUCCGGGCCAAGCGAGGACAGAUGGAUACCUCCCAGCCAGGCUGCUUCAGCAAGGACCAAGUGUACCUGGAUGGCAUUGUACGCAUCCUGCGGCACCGUCAGACCAUCGAUUUCCCACUGCUGACCUCGCUGGGCAAGGUCUCCUAUGAAGAUGUGGACCAACUGAAGCCCCAUGGAAUAUUAGAUAAUACCCGAGUACCCCACUUUAUGAAGGACUUGACACGCUACCGGCAGCAGCUGGAACACAUCAUGGCUACCAACCGGCUGGAUGAAGAAGAGCUGGGCCGCCUGCUGCCUGACUGAUGUUGGUUAAGGGUUACAGACAGAAGAUCUUGACAGAGGUCUCAGAUCAAGAAUAUGAAGCUCUUUAUGGUUCCAUAGCCUAGGUGUUUCUUGCGGGGCACUGGGAGGCCAGGAGCAUCUUGGGAAGACGAGAGGCAACGUUGGAAGGCUUUUGUCCUUGCUAGUCUUCCUGGGGCCUGUGAGCUAGCAGCAGCAUGUCUCGUAAACUCCUGAGUAGGAGAGACCUGGGGAUAGGAGGGGCAUUGAGUGUGACUAGGAAUGGGGGUUGGUUUGGGAAUAGAAACGUGUUCCUGCAUGAGACGGCUUUGGGUGUCUGGUACCGGUCUUUCCCUUCCCCUACCUGGCCUAUCGGUGCUCUUCUGCAUUCAUACUGUCUACCUCUCACUGGGUCUAGUGGCAGUUGGGACCCCUCUGAGGUGACAUGCCCGAGCAUAGGGUCCUGCCUUUCACUCAGGCUCAGAGACCCAGCUGGGCUGGAGCUUGCGUUUCAGCAUUUUGUCUCUCUCACCAGUCAUGUAUUAUUCCUUAUUUGCCUCCA